UAUCUUUAAUUUCGGUUACUAAAAUAUUAAUACAUCCUCAGGCCCAAACCGAGCCGAGCAGGCGGCAGCGGCCCAUGUGAUGGUCAAGUUGAGAAAACACACUCAUUUUGAAAUGGAGUGAGAAAUAGUAAGUUGAUAUGAUAGCGGGACCCCUAAUUAUCAUAAAAUGUGUCUAGCUAGCUUACCGGCCUUGUGUUCAAUACUUUGGAUUCUAGAAACUAGCCUUCUUUUCUACGUUGAGUGCGGCAGUAAUAAUGAAUAAACAGAAAUUACAGAUGAGGUGAAAUGAAUAUUAAGUUGAAGUUCUGUUUUCAACUGAGCAAUUUUUGUAUGUUAUUUGAUAAAAGAAUCACGGAACAAACAAACAGUUAUACUUACUUUAUUAGACUUGUUUUCAUUUCCCACCAACAAAAAACAAACUACUUUAGACUUUGUUGUAUAUAUAUAAUUGAAGGUUAGGUGUGUGUGUUCAGCCUUCUUCAAUAAAGUAUUAUUAUACCUUACAUGCCACUGCUGCCCCUAAUAAGGAAAUGGAAGAUGGGUCUCCUUCCACUAGUACUACAGCAGGUGUGGAUGAUAAGAAGGGAAGGGCAGAGCAAUACAAAGGGAGGGUCACUGUUCAUGUUAUCAUUGCUUGCAUUGUUGCUGCAACUGGUGGCUCCCUCUUUGGUUAUGACGUUGGAAUUUCAGGAGGAGUUGCUUCCAUGGAUGACUUUCUUCAGAUUUUCUUCCCUGCAGUGUACAAACAUAAACUGGAAGCACAUGAAAAUAACUAUUGCAAGUAUAACAAUCAGGGCAUUUCUGCAUUUACCUCUACUUUAUACAUUUCUGGUUUUGUUGCAUCUAUAGUCGCAGCUCCAGUUACAAGGAAGUACGGACGGAGGACAAGUAUCAUAAUUGGUGGUAUCAACUUUCUCAUUGGCUCAGCUCUGAAUGCUGCAGCUGUUGAUCUGGAAAUGCUCAUCAUAGGAAGGGUUCUUCAAGGUGUUGGCAUUGGAUUUGGAAACCAGGCUAUUCCGCUGUAUUUGUCAGAGAUGGCACCAACUCAUUUUCGUGGAGCCCUGAACAUGAUGUUUCAAGUCGCAACCACUUUUGGGAUUUUUACAGCAAAUAUGAUCAAUUAUGGAACACAACAGAUUCAACCAUGGGGGUGGAGGUUGGCCCUUGGCCUUGCUGCAAUACCAACUCUUUUGAUGACUGUCGGAGGAAUAUUUAUUCCAGAGACUCCAAAUAGCUUAGUGGAAAGAGGAUCAAAGGAACAAGGGAGGAAGCUCCUCGAAAAAAUCAGAGGAACGAAUGAGGUCGACGCAGAGUUCCAGGAUAUGCUUGAUGCAGGUGAAUUGGCAAACUCAAUAAAGCACCCUUAUUGGAACAUCAUUAAAAGAAGAUAUAGACCGGAGUUGGUCAUGGCUAUCUGCAUGCCUGCAUUCCAGAUUCUGACCGGCAUAAAUUCAAUUCUCUUUUAUGCUCCAAUGCUGUUUCAAAGCAUGGGAUUUGGCAGACAGGCAUCUCUCUACUCCUCAGCCUUGACUGGAGUAGUUCUUGCCGCAUCAACAUUCAUUUCCAUUGCAACGGUGGAUAGAUUGGGGAGGCGACCCUUACUCAUCAGUGGUGGAAUACAAAUGAUUAUAUGCCAGGUUAUAGCUGCCAUAAUUUUGGGUGUGAAGUAUGGAGAAAACCAAGAAUUAUCAAAAAGCUAUUCGAUAUCAGUUGUAGUUGCACUUUCUCUAUUUGUUCUAGCUUUUGGAUGGUCAUGGGGGCCAUUAGGAUGGACAGUCCCAAGCGAGAUAUUUCCAUUAGAAAUCCGAUCAGCAGGACAAAGUAUAACAGUUGCUGUAAACCUUCUCUUCACUUUCAUAAUCGCGCAGGCAUUUCUUUCCCUUCUGUGUUUAUUCAAGUUUGGGAUAUUCCUGUUUUUUGCUGGUUGGACAACCCUAAUGACCCUAUUUGUUGUUUUUUUCCUACCUGAAACCAAAGGAAUUCCCAUUGAAGAGAUGUCAAUUUUGUUGAGGAAACAUUGGUUCUGGAAAAGAAUAUUAACUGAUCAUGAUGCGGCAUUUAACUGAAAAUUUCAGGCAAAAUCGAUAGCUUAUCCUUUAUAUGUUGUAAUUAAGUACACUACUUGAUGUGGCAUAUAAAGCAAGUUAUUUGAAAAAGAACAAUGUGAAAGAAGUUUAUAUAUUUGUGGAAAAAGAGAAUGUUGAAUUAAUAAGAAAUAAAGGACCUAAGGUAGCUUACAUGCCGCCGCGGUUGACUUCAAUCUGGUCCCCUCUGAACACUGGGUGGGUGAAAGUAAAUUGUGAUUAGAGUUUUUUUCAAGCUAGAGCAGGUAUAAGUGACAUUUAGGGAAAGCUUAGGAGGUGUUAAUGUAACUUUGGCAUGACUAUCACCAUCAAUUUUGAAAUUGUGUGAAAAAAGUGUAGAUGAACAUUCAAAAUAAUUUGUAUCUAAUUUCACUCCAUAUUGAAAUCUUUGUGAAAUGAACAUUCAAAAUAAUAUCUAAUUUCACUCCAUAUUGAAA